AUGGCGAGCAAGGUGGACCUGCGGGGAACCAAGGACGCGAUGGGGAAUACCGCGCUCCAUUACUCUGCUUCUAGGGGCUGCCUGGAGAGCCGCCGGUUCCUUGUGGAGGAAUCAGGGAUUGAUGUCAAUGCUGUGUCUAAAACAGGUGCGACACCGAUGUCCUUCGCCGCGCGAGAGGGGAAUGUCCAGGUUAUGAGGUACCUUCUCGACCACGGCGGUGACCCUGUGAUGCCUGACGAAAUGGGCUCCAUGGCAGGUUUCGUGGAGAAGAAGAUGAAGAACACAGAGAGAGCCAAGAAGUUGGGUAGAGACGAGACGACGCCCCCAUCAACAGGCACCGAGGCCGAGACGGGAAUCGCCGCGGAAGGGCCGCCACCCGGAGCGCACCACAACGGCCAGGUGCGCCGGUCGCUGUCCUCUGUCUCGGCAAAGCAUCCCCGAGGUACGUGUGGGGGGCGCCGCGCCGCGGCCCGGGGCGCCGCCGCCGUGCUCAUCGCCGGCCGCGGCGACGGCGGCGUCGAGCGCGGCACCGUCAUCCUCGGCGGCCCCGGCGACCCGCUCACUCCCGGCUGGGCCGCCACGGACGGGGCCCAGCGCCUAGGGUUCGACGACGAGAUCGUAAAGCGCCGGUUCCCGACGAUCCCGUCCAUGCCGGUCUCGGCCGACACGGCCUCCGCCAUCGUACGGACCCUCGGCGGGCCGGCCCUGCCGCCGGAGUGGCGCGCCGCUCUCAACCUCGGGGACCACGUCGGCGGCGUCGGGCCAGGCCCCACGCUCCUCAACUUCACCUACCAGGAGGAUAGGAAGAUGGCUACCAUAAAGGAUAUUUUUUCUAUCAUCAAAGGAUAUGAAGAACCCGAUCGUUACGUGAUCCUUGGUAACCACCGAGAUGCGUGGACUUAUGGAGCAGUUGAUCCUAACAGUGGGACAGCUGCACUUCUAGAUGUUGCUCGCCGGCUUGGUAUAAUGCUGCAAUCAGGUUGGACACCUCGGAGGACUAUCAUUAUUUGUAGCUGGGAUGCAGAAGAGUUUGGAAUGAUCGGGUCAACUGAAUGGGUCGAAGAGAACCUUGGAGAUCUCCAUUCCAAGGCUGUAGCUUACUUGAAUGUUGAUUGUGCUGUGCAAGGCAUGGGGCUCUUUGCAGGUUCUACUCCCCAGUUGGACAAACUCUUGGUUGAAGUUACAAGACAGGUUAAGGAUCCAGAUGUUGAAGGAAAGACAGUUCAUGAUACAUGGAUUGCAAUGAAUGGCGGUAUCAGUAUAGAAAGACUUGCCAGAACCGAUUCUGAUUUCGCCCCAUUUCUACAUCAUGCUGGAAUUCCCUGUGUCGACUUGUACUAUGGAAAAGAAUUUCCUGGCUACCAUACUGCACUUGACUCUUAUGUCUGGAUGGAAAAUCAUGGCGAUCCAUUGUUUCUGCGUCAUUUGGCUAUUACCGAAAUUUGGGGACUACUAGUGCUGCGCUUGGCAGACGAUCUUGUGUUACCUUUUGAUUAUCAGACAUAUGCCUCACAGUUGCAGGAGCAUGCAAAUGUGUUUGCCGCUAUGAUGAACAAUAGCCGGCCAGUCAAUUUCAUAAAUGGAUUAAUUAAGGAUCUUUCCGGUGCAGCCAUGGAUGUUCAGAAGGAGGCAAAGGAGCUAAACCAACUAGAUAUGCAUGAUGGAUACGGUCUUAUGAGGAGGCGGCUGUUGAAUGACCGUCUUUUACUUGCCGAAAGAAGCUUCCUUCAAGCGGAAGGGCUUCAAGGAAGAGCAUGGUAUAAGCACCUGUUGUACUCGCCUCCGGAGGACUAUGAGAGUGAACUCUCCUUCUUUCCUGGGAUUGCUGACGCCAUCUCUCGGUCGGGGAACCACAGCGCGAAGCAACGGCAGGCGGCUGUGCGGCAGGAAAUGUGGAGAGUCGCCAUGGCAAUCCAGAGGGCUGCGAGUGUGCUCAGAGGCGAAUUUAGCUCUCACGACAAACCACUAAGCUUUACUGUUUCCUUGGAUCCAUGAAAUUUGUUCGUAAAUAAA